AUAUUUCCAUCCCGGGAGCAGCAAAUCUCUGAGUGUGCCUGUGUUGUUUGGAUACUGGCUGCCGGGGACUGUUAAUGGGAAGGAUUUGACGCGCUUCAAAAGUUCAGCAAGUUUUCAGAAGCCCAGAGGCCUUCUUUUCUCUGUGUGUGUCUGGGGAUCGCCAUCGUUACAGCUCAACUGACCCUGAUCGCCAACUUCCUUGCCUCCUUCCAGCUCCGCUGCAUGGAUUUGUCCAUCUCCAGUUGAUCGAGUUCUCCUCGGAAGCAUUUCCUGGAAAAUGGGAGCAGGAGCGAUCACUGUCUGUCAAAACAAGGCAGCUGUCAAGUUGAAGGAAGACGUGAAGAGGAUGAUGGCCCAGCCCCUCGGCGCGCAGAGGAGCCGCAGCGUGGGCAAGGUGUUUGCCGUUCCUCUCUCCGACCUGCAGCAGAGAGGGCAGAUGGACGAUGGGAUUCCCCUGGCUGUGCGGCAUAUGGUGGAAUACCUGCAACAGCAUGGGCUGGAGCAGGAAGGCAUUUUCCGAGUGAAUGGAAACGUGAAGGUGGUGGAUCGACUGCGCCAGAGUUAUGACCGUGGCAGCAUGCCGGACCUCGCCCAGGAAGCGGACGUGUGCUCUGUCGCCAGUCUCCUCAAGCUAUUCUUGCGUGAGCUCCCGGACGCGCUGAUUGUGUCCCGACUGCACCCCCGGUUCAUGCGGCUCUACCAGGACCACGGCGGGAGUCGGGAAGAGUUACAAGUGCUUCUGAAGCAGCUUCCCGAAGUGAAUUACCGUCUGCUGAAGUUUCUGUGCCAUUUCCUGACUCGGGUGGCUGCUGCCCACAGGAGUAAUCGAAUGACCGUCUACAACCUCGCCACAGUCUUUGGCCCCAAUGUCUUUCAUGUUUCCCCUGGUUUUGAAGGGAUACAAGAGCAAAAUAUCUCCAACAAACUGAUGGCCUCACUUCUGGAGAAUUAUGACAGCUUCUUUGACAACACGGACAAAAUCGAAGUCCCAUCCGGCAUUGGUUGUCACACAAGAAUAAUAACUGUGAAGGAAGCCAGCAGUGACGUGUCCUUCCCAGCCAGUGCAUGUUCAGUGCCACCAGCUGCCUCAGCCACUGAAGCAACAAGACCACUGCAAAGGAGAAAAAAGAACAGAAAGACAAGGCCCAAAGUCAUCCCGGGGACCUUCCAGGUGUCUCAGCCGGAGCAGUCGAGCGGAGUUCCGGAGGCAACGCGAACUCCACCCAUCAAGUGUGUCAGCGGAGUAGAGAUGGAGUCUUCUGAGGAGCUUGCCUCCAGCAUCAAGGACAUGGAGAUAAACAGCUCUCAAGACGAUGAUAGACCAAUGUCCCCCUUCUAUUUAAGCGCCCAUGUGUCGCCAGUCAACAACACUUCAUCAGCUGGAGACUUCAUAGAGAGGACCAUCCGUUCAGCAGUGGAACAGCAUCUCUUCGACACUCAGGGCAGCGGAGGUCAAAGUUCGGAGGAGUCUGAGUCCGGGACGUCAUUACUGAGCGCAGCCGGCUGUGCGAGACUGAGGAGGAGACAUCUGAAGGAGCAAGAUGAACCCUGGAGAAGCAGAGAAACGGAUGACAUCAACAAAGAGAAUAUUCCUUCUGCGUUCAGCUGUAAUGAGGAGAACCGGUCAGGGCUUGUGGAAGCCGCACAGCCCGGUGACAAAAAGCUAAAGGAAGCAAACGGUGGCUACAUCGAGGAAGGCAUGAAACCAAAGAGGCAGAAAUCAAGCUGCAAACUCUCCGAGCUCAACAAAAAUCAGGAUCUUCCAAUACCCAUGGAAAGCAGCAGCGUCUCUUCGAGCUGGUCUUCAGACCCAGGGCAUAGGGGCGGCUUGAGUUUCUCAACUCACUCUGACGAUGUGACAGAAAACGAGAGGAAGGAGAGCGCGUUCUGUGAUGGCGAUUCAUGUGAUCAUAUUAAGCUGACUUUGAAUUCAACCAUGAAGAUCCAGGAGCCCCCAAGCCAAAGCGACGUGGCCAGAUUGCCCAGGACCCCCGAGCCAGCCACAGCAGAAGGGAGCGCCCCGCUGGACAUCCCACGCCUGGAUCUGACUGGCUUGUCGGACGAGAAGGAGAUGGGAGAGCCUGUCUCGGCGUCGCCGAUGUGGAAGAGCCCGGAAGCAGAGUCUGAGGAAGCUCGCCUGUCACCGCAGGCCGGGAGACUGAUCCGUCAGCUGCUGGAAGAAGACUCUGACCCCAUGUUGUCUCCCCGUUUCUACGCCUACAGUCAGAGCCAGCAGUUCCUCAAUGACACAGAAGUGCCCCCCUCACCCCCAAAUUCACAUUCCUUCAUGAGGCCUCGGAGCUCAUCCCUCGGUUCCUAUGACGACGAGCGGGAGGAACUGACCCCAGCACAGAUGACCCGGAGGAUCCAGAAUUUGAAGAAGAAAAUCAGGAGGUUUGAGCAGAGAUUCGAGGAAGAGAGGAGAUAUCGACCUUCGCACAGUGACAAAGCCUCAAACCCCGAAGUACUGAAAUGGAUGAACGAACUCGCCAAACUCCGCAAGCAAUUGAAAGACACGAAGCUGAAGGUGUCCGAGGAAGACGUCAUCCCCCAUGCGAGACAGCGCAGCAACACCUUGCCCAAGAGCUUUGGGUCGCAGCUGGAGCGGGGUCCCGAGAAGGAGCAGGACAAGAAGCCGGAAGCGACGGAGAAAGUGCAGAAGCCCUCGAUGGAGACGACGCUCGACACCAUCCUGAAAAAGCUGCAGGAGAAGCGGGCCGAGGUGAAUCGACCGGAAGAUAUAAAGGACAUGACACGAGAUGAGAUAGGUAACGAGAAGGUCGCCCUCCAGAAGGGGCUUCUGUACUACGAGAGCAUCCACGGGAGGCCGGUGACAAAGGCGGAGAGACAGAUAAUGAUGCCGCUUUACGACCGAUACCGACUGGUGAAGCAGAUUCUGUCGCGGGCAAGCACCAUCCCCGUGAUUGGUUCCCCUUCGAGCAACCGGCGAAGCCCUUUGCUGCAGCCAAUAAUCGAGGGCGAAACAGCUUCCUUCUUCGAGGAUUUGAAGGAGGAGGAAGACGGCACCGAAGGCGACGGCAACCCCAAAAUGGACUUCACGGUGACGGCAAAGCCGGGCUUCACCAUCCGCAGCUUCCUGGACCAGCUGGACGACAGCGCGGAUGGCUUCACGUCACCGGUGGACGAGAAGGCACCGACUCGAUCCAGCCUCGACCUACGGCUCUCAAACCUGCACUCUGCCUCCAUGCCUGAACUCCUGGAGCAGUUGCAAGAGGCAAGAGCUGACAAAAAGCGUCUUCGCAAAACCCUGAGAGACUUCGAAGACACUUUCUUUCAGGAAAACGGAAGAAGUGUGCAGAAGGAGGAUCGAACCCCCAUGGCCGAGGAAUAUGGUGAAUACAAGCACGUCAAGGCCAAACUGAGGCUACUGGAGGUGCUCAUCAGCAAGCAAGACCCCUCAAAGGUCAUAUGAAUGUGCAAGGACACCAGGGCAACUCUUCAUUGCCUCUGUCAUCACUUAGCGGAAGGUCCUACCGGGAUGAGGAGGUGAUGUGCUGGAUUCUCCCUGGGUUUCUCCAGAGGCAGAUGACCAGAGACGGCAAGAUAGCCACACAGGAGGAACUGCCACACAACCACCACCUGUGCUUCGAAGGAGGGCUUUUUUUCCUGAAGGAACCCAUCUCAACUUCAUCCCUCUUGGAGUGAUGGUGGGGAAGAGAUGGCGAGGCGGGGUGAAGGAAAAAAAGACAAUCCCUCCCCCCCCCACCCUCCCCAACCACCGAUUGCCUUCUCCAUUGCAACUCUGUGAUCCCAGAAUGAAUUCCGACCUCCACAUGAUCACCGUGGACUGUGCCUGCGCUUGGAGGUCAAGAAAGGUCAUCCGGUUGGCCACUCAGAUUGGGCGUGGCCUGUGUGAAGACUGACACAGGAACCCAGGAGGCUGGGUCACAACCCAACUUUAAAAAGCAUGAAAGAAUUACAUGCAACUGCAGGAACUGAACGACUCAAGAGAUUAUUAUUGUACUGAAUUUAUCGGCAGCAUUUAAAAACAUCUCCAUUAAACGGGGACUUUUUUUUCUUGCUCUGCGGGAUGUUUUAAUAAUACUUACCAAAAAGACAAUCGAUGGAAUGAAUAGUAGACUGCGUCCCGAUUUGUGUGUGCGACUUUUUAUUGUUGGAAGAAAACGGCAGCAGAGUUGCGUGCUCUUUAGAUGCCGACUGAUCUUGUAAGCUUGUCGAAUUAUUAGAACGAAACGCCAAGGUUUGGGUGGAGACAGGAGAUGCAGAUUUUCGGAAGAAUUAUACAUUUUGAAGGUCGAGGGCUUUAUGUUAUUAGCCCACCUUUUAGCUGCAGUUUGCUGGCGAAAGCAGGAAUAAUUGUGUGAUCUAGCUUUAUAACCCUUUACCUGCACAGUGGAAAAUCCACCUCAUUGCUGAUUCAUCUGAAAGUAUAACAUUUUUCUCAGCAUUAUUGGAGUUUCUGUCUAAAUAUGCUUGGUUAGGAGCAAAACUAAUUUUUGAGACCAUAGCCACAGCUCUGGUGAUAUUUUACUAACACACUAAUCCUUCCAAAGGAUAGGUAAAGACAUGUCCAUGUCUCAUGGACAUCAGCCUUUCUAACCAAGAGGUGCCUCGUCUCCUCCCUAUGUUACCACUGGAAGCUGGAAGCUGUCCACCUUCCACACUUAUCAGUAACCACAGCUCUGCAAAGAGGGCAGCUAAUGUUGCAUAACAUUGCCUAACAAGAGCUGACUACUUUUUCGAGAGUGAAGAGUGAAGGAGAGCAUGGUUCUUGGUGAACAGUAUCAUUUAGGGACCUGUAUCCAUCGUCUCCAGUAAUUCUGCUUUUUGUAAUGUAUACAUUCUGUGUUUGUAACGUCACAUCCACUACACGAGGAGGUAGGGAUUUGAUCGUGAUCACUGAAUUGGAGACGCAGAGUGCCACACUUAGUCACUUUGGCUUUUGCCAAGGAUAAUAGACGAUAUUGACUUCCAUCCCAGGACACUAGCAACCAACCUGGGCAGAUGGAAAGACCAAGGAGAAUACCAGGAAGCCCCAGUCUGAGAAUAUAAAGUUUAACAGGGUAGUUGUAGGAAGGUGAGUGAAACCAAAUCUUUUCCCCAGGGCAGAAAUGUCAAAAACUGGAGGUCAUAGCUUUAAGGUAAGAGGGGCAAAGGAAAGGAGAUAUUUGGGGUAAGUUUGUGCACAAGGGUUGUGGGUGCCUAGAAUGUGCUGUCGGGGUUGGUGUUGGUAUUGGAGGCAGAUUCGAUUGUAACAUUUAAGAGGCUUUUAGAUGGGCAUGUGGAUAUGCAGGAAAUGGAGGGAUAUGGAUCAUGUACAGGAAGAAGAGAUUAGUUUAUCUUGGCAUCGUAUUCGGUACAAACAUUAUGUUCCUCUACUGCAUUGUUGCACGUUCAAACACUAAUGUGUUGAAUCAGUACUCUGUUCACAGGGAUUGAGGAAAGGGGUCAGCUCAGCCUUUCCUUGCCAAAAUGACCAAGAUGCAGCAGCAAUGCCCUUGAUCCUAAAUGCUAAUAAAUCCCCAUAUAAUCGACAUUGUGUCACACCCCACUCCACCCAAUCACACAUUAACCUUCCCAUUCAAGCGAUGAUCACAAUAUACGUUUGUGCGUAAACAUCUUAGCAGGUUUUCAGAUGUUAAUUGUGUCAUGUAACUGAAAGUUGUUGCUUUUACAAUGUACCUUCAGAAGGGAGAUGAGGAAGAAUUUCUUCAGCCGGAGAGUGGAGAUUCCUUGGAAUUCAUCGCCACAGAUGUGGCUGUGGCGGUCAAGUCAUUGGGUGGAGACUGACAGCUUCUUGGUUAGUAAUGGCAUCAUAGGUUACAGGGAGAAGGCGGGAGAAUGCGGUUGAGAGGGAAAGAUGGAUCAGCCAUGGCAGAGUAGACACGAUGGGCCAAUCGCAACAAAAGCUUUUCACUGUACCUCGGUACACGUGACAAUAAACAAAACUAAACUGAACAGCCUAAUUCUGCUCCUCUGACUUAUGAGCUUACACACGAACACACAUUAAUGCUCAUUAUCCCAGGUUUACUAAGACGUUACUAACAUAAUGAAAGUGCUGCAGUCAGAGAGAUUGUACCUGCAGAUCCUUUUAACCCCAUCCUCUGACUCCACUUGGCCUUGUCCUCAUUGAACUCCAUCAAAUUCCUCAUCGGAAGCCCAGUUACAUCCAAAAAUCCCUGCUGUUUUCGACCUAUUGAUAUUGUAGCUUUGUGUGAUGAGCUGGGAUGGUUCAGACAGUGUCAACAAAGGGCUGGGGUUCCAAUCUAACAAAUCCCUAAAAGUAAUAAAUUGUGCAAAAUCUCUGG